AACGAGCAUGAUGGGACGUGAUGCGAUGCGUGGGAUGCAAUCGUGCGGCUGUUCGUGUUCGUUGUAAGGCGAAGGCAGGCCGCGCUCGCUGCUACGUGGAGGCAGCUCGCUGCGCUGUGACGCGAGGAUAGCCCGCGCUCGGGGGCAGCCGCACCGCCGAGAUGGUGGGCAUCUCUGUGGAUCCCCAGUAUGAAAGAGAGGAUGUACAGAAGAAAACCUUCUCCAAAUGGAUCAACUCGCAGCUGGCAAAGAAAAAGCUCGAACCGGUCACGGACCUGUUCUUCGAUCUGCGCGACGGCUCCAAGCUGCUGGCUCUGCUGGAGGUCCUCACCAACAAGCCAUGCAAAAAAGAGAAGGGUCGGAUGCGGGUUCACCACCUGAACAACGUUAGCAACGCGCUGCUGAUCCUGCGGCAAUACAACAUCAAGCUAGUCAACAUCAACAACAACGACAUCGUGGACGGGAACCCGAAGCUGACGCUGGGUCUGGUCUGGAGCAUCAUCCUGCACUGGCAGGUCCAGGAUGUUCUGAAGGACAUUAUGACCGAAGCCAAACAAACGAAUUUGGAGAAGACAUUGCUGGCAUGGUGUCGACAGAUGACCCAGGGCUACGAGGGCGUCGACAUACGCAACUUCACCACCAGCUGGACGGACGGGCUGGCGUUCAUCGCGCUGAUCCACAAGUUCGAGCCGGAGCUGUUCGACUUCGAGAAGCAGCUGCACAAGCCGCCGCCGCAGCGGCUCGAGUACGCGUUCAAGCUGGCGCACAAGUACCUGAGCAUCGACCGUCUACUCGACCCGGAAGACGUGAACACGACGCACCCGGACAAGAAGUCCAUCAUGACGUACGUCAUGUGCCUAUUCCAAGCGCUGCCGCACGACACGGUGGACAUGAUGUUUGCGGACCCCAGCGCCACGCCGGCCACCGUCAAACGCAAACAGGCGCCGGACGCGGCUCGGCCCACGCGGCCGUCCUCUUUCCUGUCGUCCGGCUCGGGCGUCGACAUCAACACGUACUCGACCAUCCUGGAGGAGGUGCUGGGCUGGCUGCAGGACGCCGGCGCGCGGCUGGAGGAGGCCGGCGACGCACCCGACGACCUGGCUGCCGUCAAGCAGCGCUUCCGGGCUCAUGAGGCCUACAUGGAGGAGCUGACCGAGCGGAAGGCGGACAUCUUCGAGGUGCUGGACGAGGGCAAGCGGCUGCUGGGCGAGAAGGUGACACCCGAGGAGGAGGCCGAGAUCCGCGAGCAGAUGCGGCUGCUGACCCUGCGCUGGGAGGAGCUGCGCCAGCGCGCCGUCGACAAGCAGACCGAGCUGCAGUCGCGGCUGGCGCAGGUGCAGCUGUCGGCGAUGACGGCCCUGCGCGCCUGGCUGACGGGCAUGGAGAACCGGAUCUCGCUGACGGCGCCGCUCGGCCCGACGCUGGCCGCCCUGCCGGCCCAGGCGGACGAGCACGCCCAGCUGGCGGCAGAGGUCGACCUCUGGCGACCGCGCGUCACCGAGCUCUUCGACGUGCUCGUCGUCGAGGACGACGCGGAGGACAGCGAGUUUGCCAACCUAGAGGACCACCUGAGCGUGCUGUCUGAGCGGUGGAACUUCACACUGAGCUGGACGGACGAGCGGUCGCAGCACGUGGCGCUGCUGCAGCGGCACUGGCCGCGGCUGCACGAGCAGCUGGCCCUGCUCAAGGACUGGGUGGACAGCCAGGAGGCGCGCCUCAAGGCCAUGGAGGCCGACCCGACCACCGAGCAGCGGCAGCUGCAGGAGCAGUGCCGACAGGUGCAGGAGCUGCAGUCGCAGAUGGAGAGCUGGCACGGGCAGUUCGCGCUGCUGCAGGACCUGUCGAACGAGGUGCAGGCCUGCCUGGAGGCCGACUCGCCGGCGCAGGACGACAUCACGCAGCGCAUGGAGGACGUCAAGGACCGCUGGGACUGCCUGGUUCAGAUCAUCGAGGCGCAGAGUCUGAGGCUGCAGCGCGGCGGCAUGGAGGUGCGGUCGCGCGUCGCCUCCUCCACCGACGACGUGGGCGCGCCCGGCGGCGCCAAGAAGAGGCGCGUCGAGUCAGCCAACGCCCACAACGACUUCAUGACGGCGCUGCACGACUUCACGCAGUGGUCACUGGCGGCGCGCGGCUCGAUGGAGCCCGCCGACCGCGACGCCGAGCAGCAGCUGGCCGCGCUCGGUCGGCUGACGGACGAGGUGGCCGCGCGCCAGGCCGACGUGGACGAGGUGCGCCGGCUGGCGGCGCGCCUCUGCCGCGGCUUCCAGCAGCGCGGCGAGCGCGACGACGUGCUGCGCAAGGUGGAGCGCGUGGAGGCCGACUACCAGGACCUGCGCCGGCUGGUGACCGAGCGCCGCGACCGCGCCGAGUACCUGCUGGACGAGGCGGCCUUCUACCAGGAGCUGGGCGAGCUGAGCCGACUGGUGGACCAGUACCUGAGCUGGCUGGACGGCCGGCGCCUGCGGCCCGGUAACAGGAUGACCGUGCUGCGGGAGUGCAAGGAGCGCCUGGAGCAGAUGCAGCGCGAUGAGGAGCGCGUCACCGCCAUGGCCAACAAGGCCAAGGACCUCAUCAGCCUGGGCCAGGGCGACGAGGAGCAGGUGGAGGCGGACGUAGACGUCUUCCUGCAGAAGUGGGAGACGGUGAUGAACAAGAUCACCGAGCUGGAGACGGAGGUGAGCAACCGACAGCCGGAGCGGCCGGCCCGCUUCCUGGAGGCGGUCGAGGCGCUGCGCACUUGGGUGGCCGAGCUGCACGGCGCGCUGCUCGGCGAGCCGUUCGUGGUGCGCACCGCCGCCGAUAUGGAGGCCCAGCUCGACAAGUACAAGGAGCUACAGACCGAGAUGGAGUCGCAGCAGGCCAGCCGCGACUUCGUCAACUCCAGCGGCCAGGAGCUGGUGGCCGCCGGCGACGCGCAGCUGAUGGACCAGCUGGACGAGCUGAACCAGCGCUGGGGCGCCGCCGCCGCGCUGCUCGCCGACCGCAUGGCCAAACUGGAGCAGGCCAUCUUCGACUCGUACCAGUACCAGACAGAGGGCGAGGGCGUGGAGACGUGGUUGCGCGAGGUGGAGGAGCUGCUGGCCGAGCCGGUGGCCGAGGGCGACGCGCCGGCGCUGACCGCCCAGCUGGAGCAGAGUGACGGUCUGCUGCGGGACAUCUGCACGCUGCGGCCCACCCUGGAGAGCGUGUGCCGCACGGGCGAGCGGCUGCGCGGCUCGGCCGAGCCGGCGCUCCGCCAGCAGCUGACCGACCGCGGUGAGUCGGCAGUCCCGGCUGACCGGCCGCUGGAGGAGGAGCGGCAGCUGGCCGAACUGGUGACGGAGGUGGAACAGCAGCUGCCGUCGGACGCGGCCGUCACCACGCUCGGCCAGCUGCACGACCGGCAGCAGCUGCUGGCCAAGCUGGCGGCGCGGCUGCAGGAGGGAGAACCUCGCCACCAACUGCUGAUUCGGCACGGCGGCGGCGCGGCCGAUCAGGAGGCGCCCGCCAGCUGUGGCCGCUGGCAGCAGCUGACCGCCACGCUGGCGGCGCGCGCCGACGCCUGCCAACAAGCCGUCGCCAACUAUGACCAAUUUAAGAAGCUGACGUUCGCCGAGAACAGCUGGCUGGACCGACUGGAGAAGAAGCUGGCGCGCUCGCCGCAGCAGGCGGCUGACGCCGAGGAGAUCAGCGCCGAGCUGGACGAGCUGGAGGCGUACAUCCACAACCACCCGGCCGAGCGGAUCCCCCAGCUGCGGGCGCUGGCCGAGCAGCUGGUGAGCGCCGGCGUGCUCUGCGACGAGGUGCGCGCGGACCGCGACCACAUCGUGGACCGGUGGCGACGCUACAGCGACACGGAGCUGUCGGCCGACUUCAGCACGGCCGAGCGGCUGCUGCGCCAGCUGGCCGAGCAGGCGCAGCAGUACCUGGCCGACGGCCGCGCCCCGGCCGCCCGCCGCCUCCAGGACCAGGUGGACGUGCUCCAGGACACGUACGCCGAGGUGCGCGGCGAGUACGCCCGCUGCCAGCGACCCGAGGACCUGGAGCCGCGACUGACCGCGGUGGCAGAGCGACUGGCUGGCGUCGAGCGUGAGGCGGCCGACGCCGAGCAGGACACGGCCGAGCCGGAGCGGAUUCAGCAGCAGAUGGACCGCUGCCUGCACCUGUACCAGCUGCUGAGCGAGCUGAAGCCUGAGGUGGAGUACGUGAUCCGUACCGGUCGCAAGGCCGUGGAAGACACCGCCUGGGACCAGCCUGAGCAGCUCACCGCCAGGCUGGACCGGCUCAAGGCCCUGUACAACCAGCUCGGGUGCCGUAUCCCGGAGGCCAAGUCGGGCCUGGAGUGGCGGCUGCGCGCGGCGCAGCGGCUGCCGCCGCUCGAGCAGUGGCUGACCGAGGCGGCCGACGAGCUGGCGGCCUGCGAGGCGCGCGGAGACGGUGCUCAGUGUAACCUGUCAUGA